GCACCUUCUCCUUCCAGAGUAAUGGCGAAUCAUCUUCUCCCUCUCCUUCUUAUACCCCCUCCCCUCCACUCCCCGCAUCCUCAGAUCAUAAACACGCAACAAACAGCGCACGAAUACGCAUCGAAGCAGUUCCACUAUUCAAUCUCGCGCAGUUCUACCGAAGCUAAUAAGCGAAGCUAACGCUAGAGCGCCAUGAAUCCCGACAAGUUCACGCACAAGACGAACGAGGCGAUCGUGGCGGCGCACGAGCUCGCGCUGGGCGCGGGCCACGCGCAGCUGACGCCGCUCCACCUCGCCGCCGCGCUCGCCGCCGACCAGGCGGGCCUGCUCCGCCAGGCCAUCUCCAACGCCGCCGGCGGCGGCGGCGGCGCCGGCGAGUCGUUCGAGCGCGUGGUGAACCACGCGCUGAAGAAGCUCCCCUCGCAGUCGCCUCCCCCCGACGAGGUGCCCGCGUCCACGGCGCUGAUCAAGUGCCUCCGCCGCGCGCAGUCGUCGCAGAAGGCGCGCGGGGACUCGCACCUGGCCGUGGACCAGCUCGUGCUCGGCCUCCUCGACGACCCGCAGAUCGCCGACGCGCUCAAGGAGGCCGGGGUCAGCGCCGCGCGCGUGCGCGCCGAGCUCGAGAAGCUCCGCGGCAAGGAGGGGCGGCGCCGCGUGGAGAGCGCCUCCGGGGACUCCAACUUCGAGGCCCUCAAGACCUACGGCCGCGACCUCGUGGAGGUCGCCGGCAAGCUGGACCCCGUCAUCGGCCGCGACGAGGAGAUCCGGCGCGUGGUCCGCAUCCUCUCCCGGCGCACCAAGAACAACCCCGUCCUCAUCGGCGACCCCGGCGUCGGCAAGACCGCCGUCGUCGAGGGCCUCGCCCAGCGCAUCGUUCGCGGGGACGUGCCCAGCAACCUCCUCGACGUCCGCCUCGUCGCGCUCGACAUGGGCGCGCUCGUCGCCGGGGCCAAGUACCGCGGCGAGUUCGAGGAGCGCCUCAAAGCCGUGCUCAAGGAAGUCGAGGAAGCCGAAGGGAAGGUCAUCCUCUUCAUCGACGAGAUUCACCUCGUCCUCGGCGCCGGCCGCGCCGAGGGCUCCAUGGACGCCGCCAACCUCUUCAAGCCCAUGCUCGCCCGGGGUCAGCUCCGGUGCAUCGGCGCCACCACGCUCGAGGAGUAUCGCAAGUACGUGGAGAAAGACGCCGCAUUCGAGCGCAGGUUCCAGCAAGUGUACGUGGCGGAGCCCAGCGUCGCCGAUACCAUCAGCAUUCUCCGAGGGUUGAAGGAGAAGUAUGAAGGCCACCAUGGUGUUCGGAUCCAGGAUCGGGCCCUCGUCGUCGCCGCGCAACUCUCCAGCCGCUACAUUACAGGUCGGCAUCUACCUGAUAAGGCCAUCGAUUUGGUGGACGAGGCUUGCGCGAAUGUGAGGGUGCAGCUCGACAGUCAACCGGAGGAGAUCGACAACCUCGAGAGGAAGAGGAUACAGCUCGAGAUCGAAUUGCAUGCUCUCGAGAAGGAAAAGGAUAAAGCGAGCAAAGCUCGGCUCGUUGAGGUUAAGAAAGAGUUGGAUGAUUUGAGAGAUAAGCUGCAGCCGCUGAAGAUGAAGUAUCAGAAGGAGAAGGAGAGAAUCGACGAGAUCAGAAGAUUGAAACAGCGCCGAGAGGAGCUGCUCUUCACUUUACAGGAGGCGGAGAGAAGAUAUGAUUUGGCCCGCGCCGCCGAUCUCCGCUAUGGCGCUCUCCAAGAGAUCGAUGCUGCAAUUGCCAGGCUCGAGGGUGAUACCAGUGAGAACUUGAUGUUAACCGAGACCGUCGGACCCGAGCACAUUGCAGAGGUGGUGAGCCGGUGGACGGGAAUUCCGGUGACCAGGCUCGGCCAGAAUGAUAAGGAGAGACUGAUGGGCCUGGCGGAGCGGCUGCACAAGAGAGUGGUCGGACAGGAACAGGCAGUCGAUGCGGUGGCGGAGGCUGUGUUGAGGUCCCGUGCCGGCCUUGGCCGGCCACAGCAGCCGACCGGCUCAUUCCUCUUCUUGGGGCCGACCGGUGUCGGCAAGACGGAGCUUGCCAAAGCGCUCGCAGAGCAGUUGUUUGAUGAUGAGAACCUUCUAAUUCGCAUCGACAUGUCAGAAUAUAUGGAGCAGCACUCGGUCGCCCGACUCAUUGGCGCGCCACCAGGGUAUGUUGGCCAUGAGGAAGGUGGGCAGCUUACAGAGCAAGUGAGGAGGCGGCCAUACAGUGUCAUCCUUUUCGACGAGGUGGAGAAGGCGCAUGUUGCCGUCUUCAAUACCCUUCUUCAGGUCCUCGACGAUGGUCGAUUGACCGAUGGGCAAGGGAGGACUGUCGACUUCACCAACACCGUCAUCAUUAUGACUUCAAAUCUGGGAGCCGAGCACCUUCUUGCUGGAAUGGUGGGCAAAUCCACUAUGCAGAUUGCUCGUGAUCGAGUCAUGCAGGAGGUGAGGAAGCAUUUCAGGCCAGAGUUACUUAACCGAUUAGAUGAGAUAGUGAUAUUCGAUCCACUCUCUCAUGAGCAACUGAGGAAGGUCGCAAGGCUUCAGAUGAAGGAUGUUGCCGCCCGUCUUGCUGAGAGGGGCGUCGCCUUAGCUGUGACUGAUGCUGCUUUAGACGUGGUUUUGUCGGAAUCCUAUGACCCUGUAUAUGGUGCUAGACCGAUUAGAAGGUGGCUGGAGAAGAGAGUGGUGACGCAGCUGUCGAAGAUGUUGAUACGAGAGGAGAUCGACGAGAACUCUACUGUGUAUAUUGAUGCUUCUCCUGGGGAAAAGGAGUUGACAUAUACAGUGGAGAAGAACGGCGGGAUGGUUAAUGCAGCGACAGGGCAAAAAUCAGAUAUCCUGAUCGAGAUCCCGAACGGGAUUGCAAAGAGUGAUGCUGCUCAAGCGGUGAAGAAGAUGAAAAUAGAAAUGCCGGACGAAGAUGGCAUCGACAUGGACGAAGAGUGAAGUUUUCUCGAUGGAAGACGGCCGGUGGAGUUCAAAUAAAUAAAGCUAUUAGCAAUGGUCCGUUAGGACAAAUUCUGUGAUCUUCUUGUUGUCGACUUCUUCUUGUAUUAAUUUCGUUUUGUUUUUGUGGUGUUUGCGCACUUUUUGGAUUUGAAGUGUAUUAAUUUCGUUUUGUGGUGUUUGCGCACUUUUUGGCUCUUCAAAGCUAGGAACUGGACCUUGUAAUGGUGAUUUUACCAGCGGUAUUUGUAGUGUAAAUUCCUCCUCUGUAUUACUUGAACCUUCUCAUUGUGCAGAGUAGUGUGGUUCUCAUAAUAAUUUUUGAGAGCCUUCUGUAGUUUCAAUAACCAGAAUUUUGGUUUUUCUAA